UGAUGGAUGUCAGCUUAGCUAACAUCCUCCUGUCCGCCACCUCCUCGAUGGAGGAGGCUAUUAGUAAAGGAGAGCUAUUUUGGGCAAAAUAUAUUUUGUCUUUGUUGUUUCGUUAAUUCAAUUUCAAUUCAGUUUAGUUUUAUUUAUAUAGCCCAAUAUUACAACAAUGGUCGUCUCAAUGGGCUUCAUACCGGUAAUUGUAUAAGAAGAUUAAAUCAGUCAUAAAAUAUAAUAAGUUUUGUUAAACUAACAUAAACUAAGUUAAACUGUCCAUCCCUGCCUUUAGACCCUCCUUCUUGGUAAGAAAAACUUGUAAAAAUGGAUCCCAGGAAAUAAAGGAGAAACCUCAGGGAUGUCCACAUGAAGGAGGGAUCCUCUCCAAGGACGGACAGGCGAUGUACCACAACUCCUAGAGAUAACUUACUUACAUUGUUUUUAUAUUUACUUUUUUCCUUAUGUUUUUUUUUCUUUCUUUUUUUUUUUUACUUCUGACAAUUAAAUGUGUUUUUUUUCCCUGAUAAUUCAGUCAUAGUGAUAGCCCCCCUGUGGACCCCCUUCCGCCGUCCCCAGUGAGAAUUUUCUGGAAGCGCCUCUGCAGAGAAGAACCUGUCCGGAGCUGUGCGCUCACCAUCCCACAUCAGAGGUCCUGCGGCGCUGCUGCUGCGUCACGCGGGAUGCGGCAAAGACAGAAGUUUGGAGAUGCUGCGCAAAUCAGCGGCCCGCGCGUAGCGCCAAACGGCGCCAAGACCCGUCCUGGCUGCUGCGUCCGUGAUGAUGAUGCGCUAAGGUGUUUCCUUGCGGCCUCUGCGUCACACACUAGCGGCGCGGCAGGUGAACGUAAGCCGGUGGGUGUGGUGCCAUUCAGUCUUCCAAGUGUAUAUAUAUGAGUGAAAAACCAGAGAGGCGACUUUCCGUUUACACCAAGCAGCGGAGCAGCAGAGGGGCGCGGGCUUUGGCUCCUCCUGACACUCUCCCUCCAAUAGAAAUUGUAGGGAUCCCACGUCGUUAGCUGCAGAGCAUCCAGGAUGUACUUCAAAAACUUCAGAGAAUACCUGUCUUGGCUCUACUUCCAAUACCUGCUCAUUACUGGAAUCUACGUCCUGGAACCCUGGGAAAAGUCCAUCUUCAACUCCAUCCUUUUCUCCGCCAUCGCCAUGGUGGUCUACACCUCCUACGUCUUCAUACCCAUCCACUUGCGUCUGGCGCUGGAAUUUUUCCACGAGAUCUUUGGGGGUCAGCCUGAGAGCACCAUGACGCUCAUGAACUAGACUGAAAGGAGGAAAUGAGGGGAAAAAAGAGACAAAGAAUAACGUGAGCCAUAAAUACUUUCUCCAGCUUCCACUUUACAUUGAGCCACUCUACAACUGUUCACAAUAUCUCAUUAGACUAAAAGCAGAAGGAAUCUUCUGGAAUCAACUAGAGAAACAAGCCUUACUGUCUUCUUUUAUACCCCACACCUCCAGGCCUUAACCUACGGUAUUAAACACACAUUUGUACCUUAUUUUAACACUGAAUGUCACAUUUCUGGUGAAACAAAACUGUGCAUUUUUUGUUUUCUUCACCAUAUGUCCUGUGUGAGUGCAUACUAACUACAGAUUUUGCAUGAUGGGGUCAUACGUGUGUCGUAUUUAUGCAUGUUUUCCUCCACAAGCAUUAGAGGAACAUUCCAGCAUCUUUCUUUUGUUGAGGGUCUACACAAUGCAUGAGUGCAUGGAGCAGAGCAUGAUUUCUGGUUAAAAGCCAUUUGACAUGUUAGAAAUGAGUUCAAUGUCCCAUAAGUACAUGGGUAAGUACAGUUUGAAUUGUCCUCCCUAGUUUUGGACAGGAAGCACUGCUUUUUCCCCUUUUUUACGUUGCCUUUUUGCACUGUUGUGCUAACUGACAGGGUACAGAGUAUGAUGUUGAGUGCCUGAUCAUAAAAGAGAGUUGUUUGAAAGCCCAAGCUAUGCAAAUGAAUCAAACUAAAGCUUUGUUGCACAAUUUGUUCCAAACUCACAGAUAUUUUUUCUACAGGUUAGACUAAGCAAUCACACAAAUGUGUGCCGAGCUCUGCGUUUUUUUCAAAUUUGUUUUACCACUUGAUAUGUCAGGGAGGUGAGUUCAAAAGUUUGCACGAGCAAAUAUUGAUACAGCAAACUUUUACGGUACAGGCUCAGCUUUAUUGAUGACGUAACUUCACUCAACUAUCGUUUGUUGUAUGAUGGUAAAUGUCAAGCCUGUGUUCUUCCAAAUGAAAAGCAAAACCAGACUGAGUUAGUGUCUUCCACAACUGCAUUCUGAUGUAGAGAGAAAACCAAGAAAAGAUGGAGUAUCUGGUAACUGUGAUGAGCGUUGCACAUGUGUUUUGUAUGCUUAACUUUUUGGUUAAUUAUUAGUGUGUUGGAUCAAGGAUUCACUGAUACAAUUUCAUUUAUAAGAACAUCUUUUAUGUACACUGGCUGGUCAAGUUGUCAUUUACCAAACAUUUUUAUUGUAUAAAUGUGUGUUUGUUCUCUUAAUGCCAUACAGGAAGUUGUUUAAUAUUUAUAUUGUCCUUUUUCUUUGUUGCACUAGCAGCAGAUGUCACCAGCAAUAAGAAUGAAGAGCUCCUAAAUGUUUUUUUUAUCAUAUGCAUCAAGUGAAUGCUUUGUUCAUUCACAAUAGUGUCACAUUGCAGCAACGAUCACAGAAUAAAGGCACCUGAUGAUACAGAGA